AUACCUGUCAGUGUUUGGUAUACUCAUAGAUAAUUGUCCAGCUGAGGCGAAAUCAGUCACAAACAAACAAAAUAAGUAGAUCUUGAGAUAAAACAAGAGGGCAGUCGCAGCAUCAGCUCUUUCUUACAAUGAAAAACUUUUUAUACCUCCUACUGGUGGCCAUGUUCUCGAGAUCUGGCUCGUCGUGCCAAUCCCGACGGGAUGAUCCAUCGAAAGCACUGAAUUUGGUGGAAUUUCAUAGUGGGACGUUGCCAAUCAUUCUCACUGUUCCACAUGGUGGCGAAAUUCGGCACCCUGACAUUUUGAACCGGAUGAAUGGUUGCCGGGGAACAGAUGGAACGUGCCAGUUCCUUAAAGAUCCCUCAUGCGCUUCAACGACUGAGUGCAAAGUGGUCAACUUCCAAGAUAUGAGCACAAUUGAUAUCGCUUGGACGGUGGCCAAUCAAAUUGAGGACACAUUGGGUGGCAGACCUUUUAUGGUAAUUUCCCACCUUCAUAGAAUGAAACUGGAUCCCAAUCGAGAAUUGGACGAGGCCGCUCAAGGAGAUGAGAUCGCCACCACUGCCUACCUCGAUUUCCACAACUUGAUCAAUGACACCAGGGCCUCCAUUGGAACCGGCAUUCUUUUCGACCUUCAUGGUCAAGGUCACAAACAGAACAGCACCGAGGUUGGUUACCGGAUAUCUACAUCAGAAUUAAAUGCCGGGAUCGUGGCAGCAGAAAACUCUAGCAUUCGAGCGUUGGCGGAGAGACUUAAUUUGCCUGGAAACGAAUUGAUCCAAGGUGCACAGAGCUUUGGUGCUUUAUUAGAGGGUCAAGGGUUUCGGGCUCUCCCGUCUCCCCGACAACCUAUCCCAGGCGAGGAUAAAUACUACAGAGGCGGAUAUAUUACCAAUGUCCAUGGAUCCUUGAAUGGAGGUCAGGUGGAUGCAAUUCAAUUGGAAAUGCCAUCUGAAUGGCGUUAUGAAGGAACCUUGGACCAACGUAAUGUGUUUGCGAAAGCAGUGGGUGAGGCCAUUGCUGAAUACUAUGAGCUCCACUACCUUUGAUUGAGGCAAUAUGAAUUGUCGUUCUUAAAUUCCACCGGAGUGUCUACACUUCAAAGAAUGCAAGUUAAUAAAGUUGUUUUUAUGAUGCUUUAUGUUUUUGCCAUUCAAGUGUAAUAAACGUUGUCAUAAAUUA